GCGUCACUAACAAACGGGAGCGCGCACGCUGUUUCCGUUUCCAAGGCAACGCGCAAUACACUGACUAAGUGGGGGCGACAAUGGUGAGGGAGAAUGUAGCUAUGGAGCCCUGUCUGUCUGUAACCAGAGGGGAAUAAUGAGCCAAUCAGCUUUAUGAGGGAGUAUUUUGCUAAGCACCCUGUACAGCAAUGGUGCGUCUAACCGUGGAUCUGAUCAUGAAAAACAGUAACAUACUCAGGAACCGGAAAGAUGAACCUCUCGCUCAGCAUUUGAGAAGAAUAACACACUUGAAUUUUUCAAAUAAAAAUAUAGAUGAAGUUGAAGACUUAACAAUGUGCAGAAACCUUACUGUCUUGUAUCUUUAUGACAAUCAUAUUAAUCAGAUCAAAAAUCUGGGAUCAAACCUUACACAUCUGUAUCUUCAGAAUAAUUGCAUCUCCUGCAUUGAAAAUCUCAGUGGUCUGAAAAGACUUGAAAAACUGUAUUUGGGAGGAAACUGCCUCACAGUUGUUGAGGGUUUAGAAGGGCUGGGAGAACUGCGUGAGUUGCACAUUGAAAAUCAACGACUUCCUCCUGGAGAGAAGUUACUGUUUGAUCCACGGACACUUCACUUCCUUCGUCUAUCUCUUUCAGUGUUGAACAUCAGCAAUAACAAUAUCGACGAGCUAAAUGACUUAGCUAUAUUGGUGAAUUUAACACAGUUUGUGGCUGCUGACAACCAAAUUAAAGAAAUUAAGGAUUUGGAAUUAGUUCUGAGCAAAUGGACCAAGCUGUGGAGAAUGGAUCUCAGUGGUAAUUCAGUUUGCUUGAAACCAAAAUAUAGAGACAAAGUUAUAAUCAUCUCAAAGACAUUAGAAAUUCUUGAUGGAAAAGAAAUUAAAGAGAUGGCGCGGCAGUUCUUACUAAACUGGAAGGCAUCGAAACUUAGCAAGAAGAAAAAAAGUGGAGAGAACAUGACUGGACAGUCACAUUUGCCACACUUAUAUGAAUCUGACAAUUAUCGGUCACAAAUGCCAGUUUCCAAUCAGAAUUUGAGGCAUCAGCUUAUGGAACAACCAAAAUAUAUUGCCAUGGCUCAGACACAAAGCAGUAAUAAACAUGGAGAGUUACAGAGAUCAAUAUGGAGAAACAUUAGCAUUAUUGAGAAUAUCAGGCAAUUAGCUAUUAAGGAUCCAGAGGACACAUUGCCUGGAUAAAGGAUCUAGAGAAUCUACUGGCAAUUAUGAUGAACACCAGAGUAAUGAAUUAGAGAUGUGACCAUGUAUUUCCCUAAACAACCCGCUCCUGUUAUUUCAACAUGGACUUCCAUAGUAAAGUGUUUCCUUUCCUUGCUACGUUUCCAUGCUGUUAGACAAAAAUACAGUGAAUUCUGUGUUUAUGCAGGCAUAUAGUAUCAUUUAAAUUCCAUUCCUUAUGUUAAAUGACCUUUUAGCAGUCACUAGAGCAGCGCCACAUAAGACAGCUCUUGGUUCCCUCAGAAUGGGCCUCCACAUGGGUGCCUUUUACUGGCACAACAUUCCACAGAUGCAAGAGGGAGCAUCUGUGGGAGAAAGGUGCCCUGUUCUUGUCACCUGCCAAGACAGGUAUUGAGUACAGGGCUACUGUUUGCUCUGCUCUAAGUACUGGAUGCGCAAACAAAGCCCACACUGCAUAAGGGAAUAGAUAGCUCUUGCACUGCUCCAGAUACAGCACUCAGGGCCACAGUAAUCCUCUCAUGUGCUGCCAAGUGCUGGUAUCUGCUCCCUGGUAUCAUUUGGAUGCUGCCUGUGCAUGUACAGUGGGAGAAUAUGACUUGGGCAUCACUGUACUAAUGCCGUACUCACUUCUUAUAGAACAUCUAAGGACUAUGGGAUGCAGGGUUAUUACAGGUGCUUUGGUAGGUCAUGUUCUGCAGCCACAAACAACAGUACCACAAUGCCUAUUGCAUUCUAUGUCAGUCUCCACAAAGCGUUUCAUUUAAGCGCCCUUAAGUGAAUGUUGUCUGAAAAUUCUGAAUUCCACUGGAAUAAGUGGAAAAUACUUUUGCAGCCUAACCUGGGGUAUGAUAUUUUUGUGUCACAUACCUUACUGAAAUCUGUACAAUAUUUUAGUAACCAGUGAUAAAUCUGCUGCAUUCCUCUUAAUUGCCCACACAGUGUGAAGGAUGCCGACGGGAAUAAAUAUUGGUUAUAAAAGAGAAUAACUUAUUGUGUGUACAAUCUUUAAAACAAAGUCUUUCUUCAAAGCUGGCUUAUUUACUAGUUAUUUAAUUAAUUCUAGUUUGUCCAUUGAAGAAACAGUUACACCAAAAAAUGGUUAUUAAAAUAUAAUGUACUGUUGCCCUGCACUGGUAAAAGUUGUGGUUUGCCUCAAAAAUCUUACUAUAGUUUAGUGAAACAAAGCUGCUGUGUAGCCAUGGGGGGUAGCUAUUUAAAUUGAAAUAGGGCUAAAAGGCACAGGAUACAUAG